AUGGUCGCCGUUCUCUCCUACGUCGGCUACUUCGUAGCUGGCUACACCGCCCUAAUCAUGUUCUGCUACGCCUUGUCCCUCGCCGUACCCAAGGCGGCCUUCGUGGCCCGCACGCUGGCCGCGUACAUCGCCCUGGUCAUCAGCUCGCUCUACGGCGUCGCCGCCUCCAUCGUCCUGCGCCUCGUCGGCCUCCACCAGCUGUCGCAAUGGGCCGUGGCCCGGUGCUUCAAGUUCCUCAUGGCGCUUUCGACGGGCGUGACCUUUGACAUAGAGGACCCCAAAGGCCACCUCGACAAGAUCCGCCCGGCCGUCUUCGUCGGCAACCACCAGACGGAGCUCGACGUGCUGAUGCUGGGCUGCAUGUUUCCCAAGUACUGCAGCGUGACGGCCAAGGCGUCGCUGAAGCGGACCCCGUUCCUGGGUUGGUUCAUGUCCCUGAGCGGGAGCAUCUUCAUCGACCGCGCCAACAGCAAGGACGCCCGCGAGGCGAUGCGCGGCGCCGCCGAUGAGAUCCGCAACAAGCGCCAGAGCGUCUACAUGUUCCCCGAGGGCACCCGCAGCUACGCCAAGGAGCCCAUGCUGCUGCCCUUCAAGAAGGGCGCUUUCCACCUCGCCAUCCAAGCCCAGGUGCCCAUCGUGCCGGUCGUCGUCGCCAACUACAGCCAUGUUCUCUGGAUCAAGGGGCUCGAGUUCAACUCUGGUCGCAUUCCAUGCAAGGUCCUCGACCCCAUUUCAACGAAGGGCCUUACCGCCGCCGACGUCGACCAUCUCACGCAGUUCACGCGGGACCUGAUGCUCAAGGAAUUGAUUGCGCUGACGGAGAAGGCGCGGAUGCAAGCCUUCCCCAGCCCCGUGCGUUACCAUUCGAACGGUGUAGCAAAGGCCACCGGUACCGAUAUGAAAGUCAGGGCCUGA